CACACACAAGCACAAGUAUAAUUCUUUUACGUUUUUGUUGUUAUUUAUUAUUGUAAAUUGUAGUUUUUACCACCAAAGGAGCAUAUGGUUUACAAUUGGCAAUGGCUAUGAAGAUAGCGGGUUGGUUUGGUCUCGUAUCGGUGAUCAUUAUUGGUUUAUUUGGAUUCGGAUGGUAUAUUACACUUCUUACGUUUUUGCUGUCUUUUCUUGUUGGUGUAAUUACAAUUUUAUACUUCUCCUAUGAUAAUAAGAAGAUAUUCUCAGGAGAUUUGGAGACUCUUGAUGAUCCAUUACAACAAAUAAAUUUCUCUGUGUCACCGCCAAAGGUCAUAGAUUUGUUUCAAACUAAGGAACGUCUACCAAGGUUCGACAAUAGAAUCACGGGAAGUGAGACUGUGGACUCAUUUCUCAAUGAAAUAAUAACCAUUAUUAUCAAUGACUAUGUAACAAAUUGGUAUGAGGUGGUGACGGAUGACGAAGAGUUUACGAAUCAUGCUAUCAAGAGAGUGGUGCUUGCGGCCGGUGCUAAUGUAGCUAAUAGAGUAAAAUGUGUAGAUUGGAUCCACCUCCUCUCAACGCGAUUCCCAGAGGAGUUGACAACUCAUUUGAAGUUGUUCAAGCAAUCACGGGUGAGGCUAAAACACAUACAACUGUUAAGCAACAAGGAUGUCUCUAACGGGAACUCUAAGCCAAGUCCCAAAAAGCAGGAGGAGAAAAAAUUGCACAGGAGGAAUAAAAGUGAGACUGACCUCACCUGGGCACCAGAUACUCAAACCUGUGGCAAAUCAAAAUUUUAUGGUAGCUCAGAGAAUUUGGAAUUUAAAUCUUUGAUAGAUCUAUUUUUUGAGUUAGAAUGUUCUAUAGAAAAUAGACAAAUCUGUCGUGAUAUAUACUGCAUUGACCCUGAGAAGGAAUAUGCGUUACUCUGCGAAGUAUCGGAGGCAGUAUUGUACCUGGUAACGCCAGAGGAAGUAUGGAAAUGUCACGCAUUGAAAAUAUUGUUGCUUGAGCUGCUGUCUGCGGUCGUUCUAAGACCUCUAAUAGCCUUGCUGAGUGACCCUGAUAACAUCAACAGAGCUAUCAUUAGAACCUGUUGCCGCGACUCGGUGCUGCCUUCAGAACUUUUCCUCAUGGUGAUCAGAUGCUGUGGAGACGCUGAAGAACUGGACGCUACUCUCGAACUUGUGCAGAAAGACAUCCAGAAGCUGCACUCAAAGGACAGCGCUGGUGAAUGGGAAUUGUCCGACCGACAGAAGUUAUCUUCCUUGCAAUAUGUCGCACGGAUUAUUCAAGCUAGAAGAGCUACGCUUGGACCACAAGAAGGGUCUUCAAGCAGCAGCAAUACGGAGAAGGUUUCGGAGGAAGUUUCUAGAACUCUCAAGUUUCUGCGAGCUACCGCGGCCUGGCGGUCCAACGCUCAGUACCUACUCGAGAUUGAACUCAAUGAAAUUGACGCACCAAACACUUCAAAAGCAGUGAUAGAGAACUUGCGAUCUUCAGCGCUAGAGUUGUGCGAUUUGUACCUGGCACCUAACAGACCGGCUAUUAUGGGUAUACCUGAGAACUGCUACUCGGAACUAGUACGCAAGAUUACUACUGAGGGCGAAGAGUUUACUAAUACUCCGGUCUUGUGUUUUGAUGAUGUGCAGAAAUGCGUCUGCGAUGCUCUUGAGGAUGACCCAUCUUGGCAAGCGGAUUUCAUGAUGGACGAUCAAGACGCAUCAGAUCGUAGCAGCAGUGAAUUUAAAAAGGAAGACAAAUCGGACGGCAAGAAGUACACUGGGGAUCUUUUACCAGUACCUGGCGCGAGGCAUAACCGUUCAAGGUCAGAUGUAGUCGGCAACAUCGCACAGAGGAUGAUCAAUGAAAGUGCAGGACCAUCAAAUUUGUCAUCUGCGAAUACGAGCAAUCUAUCGUUAUCACACUCCGAAAUAAGUCAGAGCGCGAAAAACUUGCUAUCACCGUUAUCAGCGUGCAUCAUUGAGACUGCGUUGGUACAGGACAAAGGGCGAGCAUUUGGUAUUUAUGCGAUAGCUGUGACGCGUUUAUCUGACAAUGAACUGUGGCACAUCUACAGAAGAUACAGCGACUUCUACGAUUUGCACUGCUCUAUUAAAGAAAAGUGGCCAGAACUAGGUCACCUCCCGUUUCCAGCGAAGAAGACCUUCUCGAAUACGUCUCGGUCCGUGCUUGAGAGUCGCAAGCGCAUGCUCAACAGUUACCUGCAGAGUCUGGCCAACCUCGCUAGGGAGACCAGAUAUAUGGCUCUUUUGUCGCCUGAUUAUUUAGGAGGGUUCCUUAGUCCAGAGACACAGGCAGAGAAGCAUAGUAAUACGAUUGACGCGCUUCUUGUGAAUUCACUACGAGCUGGAAUGAGGACUCUGAAAAACAUGCCAGACCAGUUUGCCAACACUGUGGAUGGAGUCAUGGACGGAAUUUCUAAAGUAUUUCAAGGCAAGAGUGAUAACUAUGAGGGCUUAAAAAGUGGCAAUUCUUCUGAUGGACAAGAUGAUGGAGAUGAAAGCGUCGCUCUUCGACUGUUAGAGGAAGUGUUGGGCAUCAGGGGACUGUGGCUGCGACGGAGGUUGCUGGCGCCUUUGAGAACCUUGAUAGCUGAUAGAGUAAACAAAAAGGUGUUGGAGUUGGUGUCAUCGCUAACGUCGCCAAGAAAUGUUGUACAGUAUCUCAAAAGUUUCAAACUAUGGCUAACGAACAGAAACGCAACAAGUUUCAGUACCAGGGACUCUGCAACUAAAGCGCGAACGAGAGUAGCGGCUAAAGUUGCUCUUCUAUCCGCUUGUUCAGAUGAUCUAAGGCACAUAGUAGGUACAGAUACGGCUAGAAGAGGCUUGCUAACAUUAUUCGACCUGUUCCAGAAUCAAGAGAUCAAUAAGAGACUCAUAUUUGUUCUCCUUGAAGUGUCUUUAUCGAACCUAUUCCCGGAGAAUAAGAUUCCAGAACUUUUCAAGACGCUGUAUUCAAACUCACCCCGCGUACCCGCUCCCAAGAAAUCUGUCAACAUUUAGAAAUAUUAUACUUGGCAACACUCGAAAACGGACUGUGAUUGGCUAAACAGUGCUGCCAUUUAAAAAAUGGCGUUUGUAUAAAAUUUUAUACAAAAUAAACUAUAUUAUUUAUUACUGCGGCAUUUGUGUUCAGUAAUAAAAGGGUAUUAGUAAGUGGGGAGAACUAAAUUUUGUAAUUUAAGAAAAGCUUGUUGUGGUAUACUUACUCUACUCAGAUUUUUAUCUAGAGUGACUUGUAUGGCGUACACAGUGGUGCUAAUUCCUGCAGACGCCAUCUUAUUUUAUUUUAAAUCAAACGGAUUAUAUACCAGCGCGAUGCCUAUUUUAUUCGCCCGUGUUAUUCGUUCGUUUUAAAAUUAACUUUUUGACAAUCAUCCGUCCCUUUCCUUUUCGGCAGAUAAGAAAAUGACGGGUAUAGCUUAAAAUAAAAUUAGAGGGUGGCUGCAGGAAUCGGGCCCAUUACAUUUGUAAUUCCCGUUUUGGCGCAAUAAAUAUUUUAAUUAUUACUGUUCCAUAAUAUUAAUUUGUACACGUACAAUUAAUCUGUCGUCAAUUUGCUUUAACAAAAGUAUUUCUCUGUGUUCUAUUGAUAAUAAUUAGGUUAAUUCGUACCAAAUUUUUUAUUAUUAUUGUUCGCAGUUUUAUAUUAAUGGGGUGACAUUGUAGAUAGUUAAAUUUUAAUAUUGGUCUUAAAACUAAAUUGUGAUAUGGAUGAAAUUACUAUUCAAAUACCUGAAGAUUUUGUACAAACCAAAUUGUACUAUUAUAAAUUUAUAAUGCUAUGUUAGGUAGGAAAAUGUAUAAAGUAUUUAAUGCAAUAUUUUUAGUUAUUGUUAUCAUAGAUCUGUCCUGCAUUUAAUUUAAUAUAUUUAUUCAAGGGUUAUUUACAUAUUAUUUUAUAGGUAAAAUGGUUGCUUUGUUGCCGAAGAGGUUACGGUAAAUAUUAUUUUGAAAUGUAAUAUAUUUUUUUAUGGCAGCUUAACUAAAUUGCUAUAGGUUCUUGGUAAAUUAUUUUUAUAUUUCCUGUCUAUUGGAUAAAACAGAGGCUAUGAGUGAAUAAGUUUUAAAUUCACGAAAAAGAACCGACUUUAAUUCCUUCAUUGAAUAAUUUAAAUUAUACGGGCCUUUGGUAGCUCAAUUAUAACCCUGAUACCAGGGUUGAUGAGGUUGGUAUUCUACCUCACAACCCACACGAUAAGAAGAAGAUUAUACGGGCUUAUGUAAAGGGCAUGUGAUUUUAAUAAAAAUAAAAGUCUGUCAACUCAAAUUAUUUAACGCGCCUUCUUUUUUUGAAAACUGUUAUUUUACCAAACGAUUGCAUUGUUAAUUUGAUAACUUGAUUUUGGUACCUGUAAGUUUUAUUGUAGCAAUCACACAAUGUUAAAUAACAAUUACUCUUAUAGCAGAAUUCUAUUUUACGCUGUGGUAUUAAUGAGUUAAACACUUAGUUUGACUCGUUAUAAUAAAUACACAUAUCAUUUAAAGUUGUCCUGUAUUGUUGUAGCCUGUAAUUGUUAUGUUUUAAACAUUCCAUUUGUUCACAUAUUGUCCAAGUUGUCGUUGUAUUGUAAGUGAUUAGGUACCUAUUUAUUAUUUUCUAAUAUAAUUUACACAAUUUAA